UCUUGUUCUUGUGAUUUUCCCAUUAUAUCCAUCAUAUGGACAAUAUCAUCUACACUUUAGUUUUUAUACUUAUUCUAUCUUUGAAGGCUAGUACUGUUUGUUCUAGAGAGAGACAAUGGGGUGGUGUGGGGAGAAUGAGGUCUGGGGAGACUAAUCUUAUGGCUGAUCUGGUAACAGACUUGCCUGGCCAACCUCCUGUAGAUUUUCAGCACUACGCUGGAUACGUCACAGUCAAUGAAACAAGUGGAAGAGCACUCUUUUACUGGUUCUACGAGGCCAUGACCAAACCUCAAGAAAAACCUUUGGUUCUGUGGCUUAAUGGAGGUCCUGGGUGUUCGUCUGUUGGAUAUGGAGCAACACAGGAAAUUGGACCAUUUUUAGUGGACACAGAUGGCAAAAGCCUUAUGUUUAAUAACUUCACAUGGAACAAAGAGGCCAACAUGUUAUUCCUGGAAUCUCCUGUUGGGGUUGGCUUUUCCUAUUCAAAUACAACCAGCGAAUAUGCACAAUUGGGAGAUGACUUCACAGCUAAUGAUGCUUACACUUUUCUGCACAAUUGGUUCCUCAAAUUUCCAUUAUAUAGAACAAGGACAUUUUACAUAGCUGGAGAAAGCUAUGCAGGAAAGUAUGUACCGGAGCUGGCUGAACUCAUCCAAGACAGAAACAAGGACCCUUCCCUUCACAUUGAUCUCAAGGGAAUUUUGUUGGGCAACCCUGAAACAUCUGAUGCUGAGGAUUGGUCAGGUAUGGUUGAUUAUGCUUGGAGCCAUGCAGUGAUAUCUGAUGAAACAUACAAAACAAUCAAAGCAAGCUGUGACUUCAAUAGCAGUGACCCUUGGAGCAACAAAGAUUGUAGUCAAGGGGUGGAUGAAGUUCUCAAACAGUACAAUGAAAUUGAUAUCUACAGCCUCUACACCUCCACAUGCUUCGCCAGUACAGCACGUUCAAACGAUCGAUCCAUGCAAAUGGUCAUGCUUCGCUCAUCUAAAAUGAUGCCACGAAUCAUGGGUGGUUAUGACCCAUGUUUGGAUGACUAUGCUAAAACAUUUUACAAUAAACCAGAUGUUCAGAAGGCUCUGCAUGCCAGUGAUGGGCAAAAUCUCAGGAAUUGGAGCAUUUGCAAUGACAGCAUAUUCAAGCGCUGGAAACAAUCACAGACUUCUGUUAUCCCAAUCUACAAGAAGCUGAUUUCAGCUGGACUUAAGAUUUGGAUAUACAGUGGAGACACUGAUGGAAGGGUGCCAGUGCUGUCCACAAGAUACAGCUUAAGUAUUCUAGAUUUGCCUAUCACUAAGAAAUGGAGACCUUGGUACCAUCAAAAGGAGGUAAGUGGGUGGUAUCAGGAAUACGAGGGGCUAACAUUUGCGACAUUUCGAGGAGCUGGCCAUGCAGUGCCAUGUUUCAAACCAAGCAACUCACUCGCAUUCUUCUCCUCCUUUCUUAGUGCACAAUCACCACCCUCUACUAAAUAAUGAUCAAUGGUGUGAAAUCCCAGAGAAGAUUUUGCUUUCAUCGAUCAAAAUGUCAAACAACAUAAUAUAUAAUUAACGAAUAAAAGAGCGUUACUGGUUUCUACU